AUGGGUCCAUCCAACCCAAGGCCUCUGAUUGGGCGAGCGGGAGCUUUCCCUUGUCUUCCCCAGGACUCCUCUCGCCCGGCAGGCAUUCUCAAUCCACCACUUUUGCCAACGACGACGACGACGACAGCAACACCGACACCACAUCAUCCCAACCACGACACACAAAAAGACGCGGCUCCGAAUAUGCGAGCCAAAAAAAAAAAGGUCAGGUCCCAGAAAAUUUGCACCUUCCUCAUUUUGCAAUGUGGUGUCGUGCACUAUCAGGCUUGGCAAUGCCUUGGCGGCGGCUGGGCGUUUUUGUCACCCCCUCGCCAAGAUGAUGCCGAGAGCUGGGCAUGGCUUGUUUCUCCUGCCUGCCUUAUCUUCAAGCCGAAGGUCAGCGAGGACCCGUAUUUGGUGCUCGGUCUGGGCAUCGAUCUCUAUCAGGGCCAGGGCUGUGCUGAUUUUAUGGCGAACAAAACCGACAAGUUGUUUGUGGUAACCGACUUGGUAAAACAUUAUCCUGCAUUGCAGUGUGCUGUCUUCGCCUUGCUCAGCCAUUGCCUUUUUCGACACCGAGCAAGUAUUCCCAAGCUGAAUGAUUUGAUAACCGCGACGGUCCACAGUCUGUAG